UUCUUGCUACUCGUCAGCACAGGUGGACUUUAGACCUCGACCAUACUAAGUCAGACGCAGAAGGCAAAGAGACUAGCAAGCUGGCAGGCAAAAGGAGUGGCACACCCCACUGAAAAGGGCAAUUAAUACCCAACAAUGGCAAAAUUCCUGUCCCAAGAUCAAAUCAAUGAGUUCAAAGAAUGUUUUUCUCUCUACGAUAAGAAGCAUAAAGGCAAGAUCAAUGCCAGUGAUCUCAUCACUGUUAUGCGCUGUCUGGGGAGCAGUCCCACCCCCGGAGAAGUGGCCAGGCACCUUCAGCUGCAGAAAGUUGACAGGACUGGAGAAAUGGAUUUCUCAACUUUCCUGACCAUCAUGUACCGGCAAAUGCAGCAAGAAGAUCCCAAGAACGAAAUCCUCUUGGCCAUGUUGAUGGCAGACAGGAACAAGACGGGAUUCAUUUCAGUGGCAGAGCUGAGGGCCAAGUUGAUGAAUCUAGGAGAGAAACUGUCUAAGGAGGAAGUGGACAACCUCCUGAAGGAAGCCAAAGUGGGCCACAAUGGAAUAGUCAGGUAUGAAGACCUGGUCCAAUCCAUCACUCUCCCUGUUGCCGACUACUGAAUCAUUAAGAAAGGGAACAGAAGGGCAACCGUCUUCCUUGUGGCUUGCAGUGCUCCUUCAGGUGCUUGAUGGAACUGGGAUCUCCCCCACUUACUUGCCUUAAAUGCUUUGUCUUUUGGAACCCUCAAAAAUAUAUAGUAGAGAUCCUAUUUUUCCCAGGCCCAAAGUGUUGGUUCAAACAAACCAGUGGAACUGGGCUUUGUAUAAAAUGGACCACCUAUUUCACUUCAGUUUCAGUGUUUUAAAAACAGGGUGCCUAGGAAUUUGGGUUAUUUUUCAGUCCUGUGUUGGUGGGCCAAGAAUUUUAAGGUAGCAUACAAGAAGAACUUGCAGGUUAUGUACUAUGAUUAUUCAGCAGGGUUGUUUCUCCAGACCUUGGCAGGAGACAUGUGGUUAUUUCCCCUGUAUUGAGAAAGCCCAUUCAAAUCUUGUUUCGAAACAAGGUGGGCUUUAAAAACCAAACAGCACAGCAGGUGUUGAGCAUCCACCAACCAACGUAACCAGUGGCUACCACUCUGUCUCUGUGGGGCAUAAUCUACCAAGCCAAAAGACAGCCCCCAAGUUGAGCAGGCCUGAUUUAAGACUACUUCCAGCACCCACUGGCAGAAAUUGAGAGACAUAGUAGAGUCCAGUUGUGUCACAUUUGCGCUGGUUACCUAUAGGACUUCUCAACAAACAUGCACACCUUCCUAAUAGCUUUCCUGCAGAUGUAAACUUACAGUGUGCAAAUUCAGCAACAUUUAUUCCAGAAGAGACAACGUAAUAAUGCUUUUUAUUACAUCUAAAGAUGUUUUACAUAAACAGGUAACAUUCAGUAGGGCAAACCAUUUUUUCCAAUGCAUGUAAUAAAUAUUUUCACUUGAUACUUUUAUACAAACUGACAUUGGUCUACUAUACUUUUUUUUUUAAAAGCCACUUUUAAAACUUGUUUGGCAUGCUGUAUGGAAAACUAAGAGAAAGUUAAGGCAAUGAAUCACAGAUCUGAGUUUAUGGAAUUAAUAACUUUUUAAAAGUUUCUGCUUAUUUACAUAUUGUUUUCCCUUUUGUUAAUUAGAGCGACAAACAGCAGCACAAGCCGGGGCCUCUGGCAGGUUCUCUCUCAAUAAAAAUCUAAGCUCUCAUUGAAAGGAAACUAAUAAAAACAAAGCAAGACAUAAUGUAUUGUGAAAAAGAAAACACCCUGAAAUGUUUAAUGCAAUGAAAAAGGUUAACCACAUAAAAAAAAAACAAGGACUAGCUACAAGUUCAGUGGAAGGUUUCCAAAAGUGCCUUCUUCCA